AGCAAGGUAUUUUCUUUCCGGUUGUUGCCUCUUGCCGGCCCCACCCCGACUGGGCCCUGCGGCCCCCCCCCCGCCCCCCGCGGCCCCCUGCCGCCGGGCCCGCCGCCACCAUGAAGAAGUUCUUCCAGGAGAUCAAAGCUGACAUCAAGUUCAAGAGCGCGGGACCUGGUCAGAAGCUCACGGAGUCCGUGGGGGAGAGGGCCCCCAAAGAAAAGCCCACCCAGCCAGCACUGCGGCAAGCCCGUCAGGGACCCACGGAUGAGGCCCAGAUGGCGGCCGCAGCGGCCCUGGCCCGGCUUGAACAGAAGCAGCCCAGGGCCCGGGGCCCCACAUCGCAGGAGUCCAUCCGCAACCAGGUGAGAAAGGAACUUCGAGCUGAAGCGACUGUCAGCGGGAGCACAGAGGCCCCAGGAAGCAACACGGUAAAGACGUCCGGACGGCAGCCAGACGCCCGCGGGGCCUUCUGGAGCAGGAAGCUGGUUCUUGCCUGUGUUGGUCUAAUUGGCCAUUUCCUCAUUACGAGCCAGGGGUCCAGCCCUGGGGCUGUGCCCAAGGCCAAAGAGGAGGGCUCAGCCCAUCUGGCGGUGCCCGGCGUGUGCUUCACGUGCCCGCUCACCGGGGCCACGCUCAGGAAGGACCAGCGGGAUGCCCACAUCAAAGAGGCCAUUCUCUCGCACUUCUCCACGGACCCCGUGGCUGCCUCCAUCAUGAAGAUCCACACGUUCAACAAAGACCGGGACCGGGUGAAGCUGGGUGUGGACACCAUUGCCAAGUACCUGGACAACAUCUGCCUGCACCCCGAGGAGGAGAAAUACAGGAAGAUCAAGUUGCAGAACCGAGUGUUCCAGGAGCGCAUUAACUGCCUGGAAGGGACCCAUGAGUUUUUUGAGGCCAUUGGCUUCCAGAAGGCACUGCUUCCAGUUCCUGAUCAGGAGGGCCCCGAGGAGUUCUACGUGCUGAGUGAGGGCGUCCUGGCCCAGCCCCAGAGCCUGCAGAGGCACAAGGAGCAGCUUCUGGUCGCUGAGCCCGUGCGGGCCACCCUGGCCCGCCAGCGCCGGCUCUUCCGGCCCUCGCCCAUGGCCUCCCAGUUCGAGCUGCCCGGGGACUUCUACAACCUCACGGCAGAGGAGAUCAAGCGGGAGCAGAGGCUCAGGUCCGAGGCAGUGGAGCGGCUGAGUGUGCUGCGGACCAAGGCCAUGCGGGAGCGGGAGGAGCAGCGCGAGCUGCGCAAGUACACCUACACUCUGCUGCGCGUGCGCCUCCCCGACGGCUGCCUGCUGCAGGGGACCUUCUACGCCCGGGAGCGUGUGGCCGCGCUGUAUGCGUUCGUGCGGGAGGCCUUGCGGAACGAUUGGCUGCCUUUUGACCUGCUGGCCUCCGGCGGGCAGAGGUUGUCAGAGGACGAGAGCCUGGCCUUCAACGAGUGCGGGCUGGUGCCCUCGGCCCUCCUGACCUUCUCGUGGGACGCAGCCGUGCUCGAGGACAUCAAGGCCGCGGGGGCUGAUCCAGACUCAUCUAUUCUGAAACCUGAGCUCCUGGCGGCCAUCGAGAAGCUCUCGUGAAAUAAAAGCAGGGUUGGCUUCA